GUUGCUCGACGAGAAACGGUGAGGGAUUCGUCGUCUCUUGGUUCCGCAGUGAAAAUGGCCUCCCGUGCCGCGAGUGACAGAUGAGCCGCAGUCCGCCGCCGUUCACCGACACUACUGAGCCGUGGUCCGAGUCCCUGCGCCCGGGUGUGUUGCGGAGCUCGUCGCAGAGGGUCUGCGAGGCUGACGAGGCACACGAAGCAGUCAUGCCACAUCCCCUGUGGCCGGAGCCGCUGUCCGCAGCUCAGCUCAAGCGGCUGGAGGAGCACAAAUACAGCGCGUCCGGCCGAUCGCUGAUCGAGCCCCCGUGUCAGAUCUACUGGAACUGGCUCGUGGAGCAGACGCCCACAUGGGUCGCCCCGAACACGCUGACCAUCGUGGGCCUGAUGGUCAACAUUGUGUCCACCGUGGUGCUCAUGUAUUAUUGUCCCACGGCGACGGAGGAGGCUCCGUGCUGGACCUUCUUACUGAGCGCUCUGGGCCUCUUCAUCUACCAGUCUCUGGACGCCAUCGACGGGAAACAGGCCCGGAGGACAAACAGCAGCUCGCCGCUCGGGGAGCUCUUUGACCACGGCUGCGAUGCCGUCUCCACAGUGUUUGUUGCUAUCGGAACAUGUAUCUCGUGUGGCAUCGGUCGAUUCCCAGACUGGAUGUUCUUCUGUGGCUUCAUUGGGAUGUUCAUGUUCUUCUGCGCCCACUGGCAGACCUACGUGUCUGGGACGCUCCGCUUCGGCCUGGUGGACGUCACAGAGGUGCAGAUCUCCAUCAUGGUCAUGUACGUGAUGUCGGCUUUCGGAGGCGUGGGCCUUUGGCAAACUACGCUGCCGAUCAUCGGACUGGAGCUGUACGUCUUCCCCAUCGUGGGCAUCAUCGGGGGGGCCCUCUACUCCUGCUACAACUACUUCUACGUCAUUUUGAACGGGGGUGUUGGCAAGAACGGCUCCACCGUGGCUGACACCAGCGUGCUGAGUCCUGGUUUGCACAUCGGCCUCAUCCUCACCUUGGCCUUCAUCAUUUUCAAGAAGUCUUCCAGCAGCCUGUUCGAGAACCAUCCCUGUCUCUACCUGCUCGCCUUCGGCAUGGUCAUCGCCAAGAUCUCCAACAAACUGGUGGUCGCUCACAUGACCAAGAGUGAGUUGCACCUCCCGGACUCGGCCUUCAUCGGCCCAGGCCUCCUCUUCCUCAACCAAUACUUCAACAGCUUUAUAGACGAGUACACCGUCCUCUGGAUCGCCACGAUCCUCUCUCUUCUGGAUCUCGUGCGCUACUGCACAGGCGUGUGCAUCCAGAUCGCGUCCCACCUGCGCAUCCAAGUGUUCAGCAUCACGCCGCCGGGCCACACGCACCGCGACUGACGGCCUGCCCGGCGGGAGGAGGCGGGGGGGGACACGGACAUCUCCCCGCUCCUGGAAGCAGACGAGAAGCACGAGGGCGAGAAGCAACCCUCGGCCCUGAACCACUGCAGCCUUGACAAAGUGACCACUUUGGAUUGAAAACUGCUUUCUUUGAGCAGAUGGGGAAAACAAAUUUAAACCAACUGGAAUCUACAAACCAAAAAAAUAAUAAUAACAGAAACGUUUGAAAAGCACGGAUACGUGGAAUUAGGAAAUUAGGCGGAACCAGAGUUUCCCUUGAAAUGGUUUUAAUUUAAUCACGAGUGCAUGUCCAAAUAAAAGAGACGUUGAAAGGGUACUCUUUACAAAUCAAUACCAAAAUGUUAUUUUUCAGUGGAUAUUUCAGUUUGGGCAAAUAUCAAAGCAUUUUUAUCUGCUUUGAAUUUUUAAAAGAAUUUUAAAUUUUACGGUCGUCGUCAUAUUACGGUCGUCGCACAUUAAACACGUGACCAUCAAAAUAAUCAAUAAAUCACUGAUAUUUACCCAAACUGAAAAGAGGAGCCAUCGAAACAACUCUUAGUCUUUCUGUUUUUAUUUAUUAAAUGAAUGUGAAUCAAUCGGGGGUGGGGGGGGGUAAACGAAUCGGUUUUAAAAAUACAGAUUAAAAAUGACCUUAAAAGCCCAAAAAAUAGUUUCCAGUGAAGUUUGCGCUGUGGCAGAUUGUCAGUGAGCUACGUGAAGGGGCAACAGUUUUGUGUUAAGGCUGAAAAAACGCUGAUCGGGUUUUCUAUCAGGCUUCGCUCACCAACAUCAGUUAUUUCAUCUCAUUCUGCAGACGUGGAAAAAUAAAGAUUAUAAGAUUUACCUGCAGCCUUUUGGUGCCGUCAGCUGAUGAAGCAUUAACACUGGACUCGUCCUGCUUUCUCUGUUCUUCUCCCUGAAGGGCUAACGCUAUAAUUAUAUGUGAUUGUACAGAAUUCAACUGAAGACGCCUUAAAAUAUUUUUGUUGUAAUUACUGUUAAACUUUGUGCAUAUUUAAAGUUUUUUUUUUUUCUUUCCUUUUUCCCACUGAAAUGUCGCGUACCAUCGGAAGCUGUUCCCUCGGGACAUUUCUUCACUUAUACAAAUGUAAAUUAUGUAUAGGUGAGUGAUUCAUUCGCAGAUUUGUUGGGUUGUCGGUAAUUUUUACUCAUUAUUCAGGUGCAUUCUGGAUGAAAAGGGAUAUUUCUGUCGUGCCGGGAAACUAUUUAGAGGUAAAAAAAAAAAAAAUUAACCAGCGGUAUUCUUGAUUUGCUCAAAUAACAUUUCUUCAGGAUUGUGGACUUUAUAAAGAGACAUGUCUUGAGUUGAUUUUGCAUAAGUGAGGAUGGAGUGUGGAACUAUGCAUCAGGACGUAUAACCUUGAUUUGAACACUAUGUUGCACUGUUGAAUUAUAGGAAGACGCCUUUCUACUAACAGACACGAGUGGAAACGAUUGUAAUAAAGAAAGUAUUUUUCCUGUG